GUUAUUGGCAAAUUAAAAUAUUCGUUAGCGGGUCAUCAGUCGUUUGGCUGCUAUAAUGUUGAAUCGGAAUUUUUGUGUUUUUUUUAUAGUUUUUUUUAUAAUUUUUCAAAAUGUUUCUUCGACGCUUAUACUGUUGAAUGCACUUAAGAGUGGUAUUCAGAAGACCAGAUGUGGAGUCCAUAAAAUCGGAUCAAAAAUCAUCCAACACGAGCACAGACACGGGGAUCCUUGCGAACCAGUUGAUCCGAUAACGUACCAAAACCUGGAUCAACCAAUUGGACAAUCGGAGAACCAACUGCACCAAGGAGGUUCAAGUUUACCUCAGAGACCUCAAUACCUGAACGGGCACUCCUAUGGACCCAGAGAUAAUCAGCUUGAAGAGACCGGAUAUCCUGAAAGUUCUCCGGAUCCGUUACUGAAUUAUAAUCAAAAUGGUGGUCAAGCAAGUUCGUCUGAUCCUACAGUACUUCUUCAUUACAAUGAAAAUGGUGCAGUAAACGGGCCGAAUUAUGGAGAAUAUCCUCAGGAAACAGGUCCUAAAGCAUUACCAGACAUAGACAUUCGAUCGGGGAUGAAUGAAGACCAGCAGAGCUCCACCGUCAGUUCAACGUCAACCUCAACGUCAACUUCAACGUCAACCAGGGAAUAUCAAACGGUACCAACAGAUGGCGGUAGGAAUAUCGGCAAUGCUAAACCCAAUGGAUUUGAUAAUACGAAUUCUGGAACUUAUGCUCCGAUAAAGGGAAUUCACUUGGGGUAGAAUUUAUGUGGAUUUAAUAUAUGAAGGGAUGGAUUAUUUAUAUGAUAAAAUAUAUAAGCAAAUGAGUUA